CAUGGAGGAAGAAGAUGAGUCUCGAGGGAAGACAGAGGAGUCGGGCGAGGAUCGUAGCGAUGGUCCGCCAGACAGAGACCCUGCACUUUCUCCUUCUGCCUUUAUCCUGCGGGCCAUCCAGCAGGCUGUGGGAAGCUCCCUGCAGGCAGAUCUGCCAAAUGAUAAAGAUGCUUCUCGGUGUCAUGGCCUUCGAUGGAGGCGCUGCCGGAGUCCACGGUCAGAGCCCCGUUCCCAGGAAUCAGGGGGCACUGACACGGCUACUGUGUUGGACAUGGCCGCAGACAGCUUCCUCGCGGGGCUGGUGAGCGUACUGGAUCCCCCGGACACCUGGGUUCCCAGCCGCCUGGACCUGCGGCCUGGCGAAAGCGAGGACAUGCUGGAGCUGGUGGCUGAGGUUCGAAUCGGGGAUAGGGAUCCCAUCCCUCUGCCUGUGCCCAGCCUGCUGCCCCGCCUUAGGGCCUGGAGGACGGGCAAAACGGUUUCUCCACAGUCUCACUCUUCUCGACCCACCUGUGCCCGCCACCUCCUCACCUUGGGCACAGGCGAUGGGGGCCCUGCCCCACUCCCAGCCCCCUCCUCUGCGUCCUCCUCCCCUUCUCCUUCCCCCUCAUCUUCCUCCCCUUCGCCUCCCCCUCCUCCCCCGCCCCCUGCCCCCCCAGCUCCGCCCGCCCCCCGGUUCGAUAUCUACGACCCCUUCCACCCCACCGACGAGGCCUAUUCCCCGCCGCCUGCUCCGGAGCAAAAGUACGACCCCUUCGAGCCCACGGGCUCCAACCCCAGCUCAUCAGCGGGGACCCCCUCACCGGAGGAGGAGGAAGAGGAGGAGGAGGAGGAAGAAGAGGAGGAAGAGGAAGACGAGGAGGAGGAAGAAGGCCUGUCACAGAGCAUCAGCCGCAUCUCGGAGACGCUGGCGGGCAUCUACGAUGACAACAGCCUGAGCCAGGACUUCCCAGGUGACGAGAGCCCCCGCCCGGACCCUCAGCCCCCGCAGCCGACUCCAGCCCCCGGAACGCCGCCCCAGGCGGACUCCACGCGGGCUGAAGGAGCCCCCCGGCGCCGCGUGUUUGUGGUGGGGACCGAGGCGGAGGCCUGUCGGGAAGGCAAGGUCUCGGUGGAGGUGGUGACGGCCGGGGUGCCGCCCUCCAUCCAGGACCUCACGGACCACGACCUCUUCGCCAUCAAGCGGACCAUCACGGUGGGCCGGCUGGACAAGCCCGACCCCCGAGGGCCCUCUCCGGGCCCCCCCGCUUCGCCCAAGCGCGAGGUCCUUUACGACUCGGAGGGGCUGAGCGACGAGCGGGGCGGCAAGAGCAGCGAGAAGGACCGGCGCCGCUCCGGGGCCGCCUCCUCCUCCUCCUCUUCCCGGGAGAAGGGGUCUCGUCGCAAGGCGCUGGAUGGGGGGGACCGGGAUCGGGACAGGGACAGAGACAGGGACAGAGACAGGUCAUCCAAGAAGGCCCGGCCCCCCAAGGAGUCGGCGCCUCCCUCAGGGCCCCCGCCAAAGCCCCCGGUCAGCAGCGGCUCGGGCUCCUCGUCUUCGUCCUCGUCCUGCUCCUCCCGGAAGGUGAAGCUGCAGUCCAAGGUGGCGGUGCUGAUCCGCGAGGGCGUCAGCAGCACCACGCCGGCCAAGGAUGCCGCGUCCGCCGGCCUGGGCUCCAUCGCGGUCAAGUUCAGCCGCGACCGCGAGAGCCGCUCCCCCUUCCUCAAGCCCGACGAGCGGGCCCCAGCCGAGGUGGCCAGAGCAGCUCCGGGCAGCACCAAGCCCAAAAAGACCAAGGUCAAAGCCAAGGCUGGGGCCAAGAAAACCAAGGGGACCAAGGGAAAGACCAAGCCAUCCAAGACCAGGAAAAAGAUCCGCAGCGGAGGUGGCAGCGGGGGCAGUGGCGGCCCCGGGUCGCUGAAGAAGUCCAAGGCGGAUAGCUGCAGCCAGGCAGCGGGAGCCAAGGGGGCCGAGGAGACCUCCUGGUCCGGGGAGGAGCGGGCAGCCAAGGUCCCUAGCACCCCGCCCCCCAAGGUGGCCCCUCCGCCCCCUGCACUCACUCCUGACUCACAGACCGUGGACAGCAGCUGCAAGACACCUGAGGUCUCCUUCCUGCCCGAGGAGGCCGCAGAGGAGGCCGGGGUCCGGGGUGGGGCAGAGGAGGAGGAAGAGGAAGAAGAGGAGGAGGAGGAAGAGGAGGAGGAGGAGGAACAGCAGCCUGCCACCACCACGGCCACCAGCACAGCUGCAGCCGCCCCAAGCACUGCCCCCAGCGCGGGGUCCACAGCCGGCGACUCCGGGGCGGAGGACGGCCCGGCUCCCCGCGUCUCCCAGCUGCCCACGCUGCCCCCACCCAUGCCCUGGAACCUGCCGGCUGGUGUGGACUGCACCACCAGCGGUGUCCUAGCCUUGACUGCACUUCUCUUCAAGAUGGAAGAAGCCAACCUGGCAAGCCGUGCAAAGGCCCAGGAGCUGAUUCAGGCCACCAACCAGAUCCUCAGUCACAGAAAGCCACCCUCAGGUCUGGGGGUGACCCCAGCUCCUGUGCCCACCUCUCUGGGUCUGCCCCCUGGCCCUUCCAGCUACCUGCUUCCUGGUAGCCUCCCCCUGGGAGGCUGUGGCUCUACCCCUCCCACCCCCACCGGGCUGGCUGCCACAUCUGACAAGAGAGAGGGCAGCAGCAGCUCCGAGGGACGUGGGGACACAGAUAAGUAUCUGAAGAAGCUGCACACGCAGGAGCGGGCGGUGGAGGAGGUGAAGCUGGCCAUCAAGCCCUACUAUCAGAAGAAGGACAUCACCAAGGAGGAGUACAAGGACAUCCUGAGGAAGGCUGUCCACAAGAUCUGCCACAGCAAAAGCGGGGAGAUCAACCCAGUGAAGGUGAGCAACCUGGUGCGGGCCUACGUCCAGCGCUACCGCUACUUCCGCAAGCACGGCCGCAAGCCAGGAGACCCCCCAGGGCCCCCAAGGCCGCCUAAGGAGCCAGGGCCCCCCGACAAGGGCGGCCCGGGCCUGCCCUUGCCCCCUCUCUGAGAGUCUCAGCCACCCUUUCAUCCCUUGCCUCUUUGAAAUUCUGGACAUAUUUAUGGCUCCACCUCCCCACUUCCCUCCCCCAUCAGUGGGAUGAUUGGGGGAAGGUUGCUGUGGGGGAGAGGAGAGCCCCCUGCCCCACCCAGCCCAUGCCCAUCUCCCUGGCCCAGCCUGUCCCCAGUGCCCCUCCCUCUGUUCGUGCCCCUUCCCCGAUUUCAUUAAAGGUUUCAUGAAA